AUGUCAUUAGCUACAUUAACAUUUAUCAUAUUUGUGAUGACUCACUAUAAUGUGAUGAUCCUGGUAACUCUGGUUGGAUACUCAGAAUCUCUUGAGUGUUUAAGUUGCUCAGAUGUUGCAAAUAUAGAUGGAUGCAAUGUCACAACAUCAUGUUCAACUGGUCAGUCAUGUAAUCACAAUAUUAAUUCAGGACGUCACAGUCUUGGAUGUGUAAACAAUAAGGAUUGCGAUUCUCAUGCUGCCGUUUCUGCAAUUAUUGGGAGAGAUAUAGCUUCUAGGACAACAUCUACAUGUUUCGAAUGCUGCUCCACCGACCGUUGUAACUUUGCCCUUUGCCAUCAUCCGGAGCCCAAACAAUGUGUGGACGAUGAAUCUGUAGAUUGUGCACAAAUGAACUCACUAUUCAGUAUUUGUAGUGACAUUGUACACGCAAAAAAAGUCUGCGCAAAAUUCUGUGGACUCUGUACGGUUGACGGAAACUGGACUUUAUGGUCAUCUUGGUCCAAAUGUGAUGUUACCUGUGAAAACGGACAUCAAACUAGAGCAAGGACCUGUACGAAUCCGGCACCACUAAACGGCGGUCUUGACUGUGUUGGGGACGGAAUGAUGACAAAAGUUUGUAGGAAAGAUCAACCAUGUCCAGUGCAUGGUGGAUGGAGUGAUUGGUCACAGUGGGGUACAUGUUCAGUUACCUGUGGUAUGGGAAUGCAGCGUCGCACAAGGACCUGCUCUAAUCCGCCACCAAAUCUUGCUGGAAACCAUUGUUUCGGAGAUAACACAGAAUCACAACUUUGCAUGCCUGCACCAUGUGCCAAUGGUGGUUGGAGUGACUGGAAUUCAUGGGGUACAUGUAGUGCUACUUGUGGUGGAGGAAUUAGGUCUCAAACUAGAUCAUGUUCGAAUCCACCCCCGUCACCCUAUGGACAACCUUGUGUUGGAUCAAAUGACAGAGUGGAGUCUUGCUCUAAUAAUAACUGCGAAACAGUACAUUGUGUGACCAAUCAAUGUGUACACGGUCAAUGCUACGAAGUACUUCAUGACUUCCUUUGUUUAUGUCACCCUGGUUACGCUGGUCGAUACUGUAAUAUAUCUUUAUGGAAUUAUUUUUGCUCUCAAAAUCCAUGCAGUCAUGGAACAUGUGAACCAGGAAUUUCUGACUAUAAAUGCAACUGUUUCAGUGGUUAUACAGGAAAGAACUGUGAAAGCACAAACGCCACCGACUGUUACGAUAUACGUCAUAAAAAUAUUGCGAGUAAAAGUGGAGUUUAUAACGUCACCCUGUGGAGAUCUAAAGUUGUUCGAGAGAUAUACUGUGACAUGGAGACAGACAAUGGUGGUUGGACGGUUUUUCAAAAUCGCUUUGAUGGAUCUUUAAAUUUCACAAGAAGCUUUAAAGAAUAUACAGACGGAUUUGGUAGCUACUCAGGAGAGUUCUGGCUAGGAUUAAAAUACAUAGAAGAAAUGGCGGUCAGUUUAGCAACUGAACUAAGAAUUGAUUUGACAGCGGCUGACAACUCAAGUGCUUACGCAGUAUUUCGAAACUUUCAUCUUGGUUCAUCACCUGGAUAUGAACUCCAUAUAGACAAAGGAACUGGAACAGCAGGUUUUAAUAAGUGUUUUAUUCCCCUACCCUAUCUACCGGAUAUCAGUGUAUAUUGA